UGCAUUCUUCAAUUCGAUCUCUGUGCCGCAAGAGUGCUUGAGACCUACCCCAUUCUCAAUAUGAUACGUCGAUGAUGUCGGAAAUACUUCAGCGCUUCAUUAAGCCGCCGGUCCAGAUACUCAGUACACUUCAGCCCACCCAAUCCACCGCAUUAUACACUGUGUCGACGCGCCCGACUCCAAAGACGAUCGAUGCGAAGAUAGCGCACUAUGCCUCGCUUUUGUUGAAGGUCUUGUUUGCAGCCGUAGCCCUUGCGGCCGUCUUUACGAAAUGGAGAAAAGGAUCGGACAAGUACAUGAGCCUGCAACUCCGUGUUUUGGAAGAGAUGCUGGUUAUCCAAAGUCUCAUUGAUAUCCAAUGGAGAUAUCUGUUACCGGGAGUGCUUGCUGUGCUUUGGCUUGCGCUUCGUAGAGGAUACACUGAAGAAUCCCUCCUUGUAUUACAUGGUCUCGGUCUCCAGACUUCUACCAGCUCCUCUACUUAUCUGCAGGCCGCUACGCAGCGAUUCAUACCCACCACUAGCAUCCAGGAUAUCUUCAUACAUGAGGCUUUCAAAGGAUUCGAGGUUCGCUACUAUCUCGCGGUUGUCAUCAAGGGCGAAGGGGAGGUGUUGAUCGUGUUCCCAACCCUGUUGCCGAGACUGGCGAUAUUGGAAGAAGUUUGGAGGGGAGCCAGAGCAUGUUUGUACGAAGAUGGGACCCAAAAAGCAAUGAAAUAAAGAAAUAGAGAAAUGAAUAAAUCCACCACCAAAGGUUGGACGUCAAAUGAA